AUGAGUAUGUUUGAAAAGGUUUGCAUACUUGGAUCUCUAGGAGCUGUAGGUUUAUUUAGUGUUUACUCUAUCUUUGCUCCUUCUAAAAAUAAAUUGAAAAAGGAAGAAAUUUAAUAAAAGCGUUAGAAAUUAGUAAAUGACGAUAACAUGAGAGUCCUGUAUUCAACAAUGACUUUCUUCUACUUACAAGGUUUUGAAUAGGAAAAACUUUAAAGUUUUCAUAAUCUGUAUGACAUUUUACAAAUCUCUAAACCUAAGCUAGUUGCCCUUUAACUCAGUGAAAAGGAGUAUGAAGAAAAAUACCAAGCAAUUAUCAAUCAUCCUUAAUAUCCUGAGUUGAUGCGUAAAGUUGAUUUCUACUUAUAAACUAAGAGCGAAGAAAUUAAGAAUAUGUAAGAAUUAGAUCUCAAGCAUCUUGAAAAGCUAUAUAUCUUUGAUUACUGUAAAAAAAAUAAAUGUUAAGUUCUCUUUUGUGAUAAAUCACCUUCUGAACUAAGAGCUAUGUAUUAGGCAAAGCUCUAACUCAGUAAGUUGCACCUUGAAGAAAACAAAGAUAUUCCAUCUUAAUUGAAAGAGCUUUAUUCAGAAGAUUUAAAAAAGUUUGAUUCCCAGGCUAUUAAGAAGUAAAAAUAAUCAAUUUAAGACAUUGAAAAAGAAAUUAAAAAAGAAAUCUAUGAAGACUUCCGUUAUAACUUCUUUGUUGAUAAAGUCAUCUCUGAACUCUAACCCAAAACUUCUUUAAUUCCUUCCAACCCAUAUAAAACUCUUGUUGGAUUAGUAGAGCCUGAGGAUUUAGAAGGUAUAACUAAACUUUGGAAAAAUAAAUUUAAAACUACAUAUGGCCAUGAAAUCUUAGAAGACGAAGAAGCAUUAAACAGACGUAUGUAAAAAUAAAAUUAACAACCAAGUAACUUAUAAGCCCAAGCAUGA